CCUUGUUUCGCUCUUUCGGUCCUGCACACUCACAACGCUUCAGUACGUGCGCGUGAAGGUGCACAGGCUCGGUGACACUUGCACCCAGCUCUUUGGGAAUAGGAGGAAAGUCGGAAGAAAAGGUUAUUUUAAGGACAGCAAUAACAACAUUUAUUCUCACCGUUACUGUGCAGAAUAUCGUGAAAUUACAGGAAAAUGGCAGAUUCAAUGACCCAGUCCGCCCAGAUAUCAUCGUCGCAGGAGCUUGCCGAUGGACAGAACUCUGUUGCGGCCAAAGACUCAAAAAUGUCGGAUUCCUUUCUUUCCUCUUCGCCUGUAUCUCUCAUUCAGUCUCCUGAAGACAAAGGGGUGGUGCUGGGCUCUGACACACCCUCCUCAGAAGGGGUGGCCACCUCCCUUCGCUUCACCAGGCCUUCUCAACCCGGCUCAUCUUCUUCCGCAAACUACGGGAGCGACCCACCUGACGGAAAGCAAGAUGAUUCACCGACUGUGACGUCCCCCGUGUCUGAGAGGAUUAAGGCACUGGAGGCCAUGGCAGCAAAGAAGGAGCUCAAGAACGACGGCGGCUUCCCUCACUUCAAAGAGCGUCACUAUGAGACGUCUCCUACUGAGGCGCCAACAGAGAGCACCUCACCCUUCCAGACAAAAGGAGCCUCCAUUGAUCAGGAAUCGCCAGAAUCCCCCUUUGAGGUCAUGGGAGAAGCCCGACAAGGUAGUGAGUUUGAAGAUACUGCAGACUGGAUGAGAGCUCACUUACCCCCUGUGCCCGACUUUGAAGAUGCUCUUGUAUCAGAGGAGGAUGGCAAAUCCCAAGAGAUAAAAGUGGCAGAUAAAGUGGUGCCUGAUGACCCAGAGGCGUUUGCCUGUGUCCCUGACGCUUUCAUGGACUCUCCCAUUGAAAGGCCUGAACUGAAAAAUGUCUUCAAAGACCCAGCGCAGCAGCCUAGCGUCGAGGACGAAUUUGAUCUGAGCUUCCUACCUAAAGCUUACAUAGCAGACACCCAAGGCCCCCCUGACCUUCAUUCCGAGCUCACUGCUUCGCCUGCUCCUCCUGCUGGUUUGGACUCACCCUAUCCUUCCUCUGACUCGAAAGAGAAGGAUUUGAAGACCAAGCAGGCCCCAUGGGGUGGUGACCUGGCGCACCAAGGGGUAGUCGACAGCUCAGGAGACUCUGAGGACACCGUCAUCGAGGACACCGCCUCCAUUCCUGGCCCCACUUUGUCAAGUGAUGCCACACCUGCCCAUAACCCCUCUGUUCCAUCUCUCCCUACUGAAGAAAAGGAAACUCCGCCAGCGAAGCAGCCAAUGCGGGUCCCUACCAUCAAUGUUAUUGAGACGGACGAGCCGAAUUACAGCGAUGAGGAGAUGGAGAUUGAAAUGGAGGAUGAAAAUUAUGAAGUUGUAGAAGACCCUGUGAAAGAGGCACCAAAAAUACCUGAGCCACAACCAGAUGUGACUAAAAAGGAAUUUUCCCAAAUUCCUCCCUUAGAAUAUGAGGGUUAUUCUCCUCCCUCCUCUCCUGUCGACUCUGAUGAAUACUCACCUAAACACAAGAUCCUGAAAUCUGAUUUGGAUACAGAUAAUAUGAAGACCACAGUACCUAAUGAUGAGUCAAAGGGCUCAAGUGCUGAGGUUUCACAAGCACAGAAAGUGGAGUCUGACCACUCACAGACCCCCAAUGAGUCUAAUGGAAAGUCUUCCCCUUCUACUGCCAAACCUCCUGAGAAAACCGCAGAGAACCUUUCAGACUUUCCAGAAUAUGAUGACGAUGACUGGUCAACUGGCGCGCAAGAUAUCUUAAUUAACUUGAGCUCUGCUAAUGUUGCAGCUCAGGAUCUUCCACUUUGCCCCUCAUCCAAGUUUGAAGAGAAGCCAGAGUCUGAUAUUAAGGAGGAUUAUAUGCAGACAGUUGAGCUUUCAAAACCCAACUACAUGGAGGAUGGCGCAAUCCGUAAAUACGACAGACAGUCUUUUGAAGAUGAAGACGCAUUUCCAUCCAUGAAUGACACCAUUGAUGAUAAAGAGCUGAACUUUAACACUGUACCUGAGCCUUCUCCUUCCAAUCCAACCUCACAGAUCCAUAUUGGAACACUACUCCCUCAAAACAAUGCAACCACUGUGGAGCAGGAUAUCCCCUCGAUGGCUGACGUGGACUCCUUCCCCAAGCCAGUUGGAGGCCAGCCAUCUCCCAGGGAGUUUCCCAAAGAUCCAUUCGCCUCUUUCCAGAGCGAACUGCCUGGCAGCACCCUGGAGCCCAAGACUGAGAAGAAAUUGAAUGAUGAAAUCCUCAUUACAGAUAGUGUUGUCAACAGCAAGAUACUUCCGGCUCAGGAAGCUGAAGCAGGACACCAGUCACCAGACAAUACCAGUGACCCAGAAAGCAUUGAGCCGGACUGCUCAGUCUCUGGUGCCACGGACAGCUUCGUCGAGUUCAUGAGGGAGUGCCUGAAGUCACGACAGGACGAAGAUCCAGAAGACCUCCGUCAAGAUCUCACAGCCAAGGAUGAGUGUCCUAAAACAGGCGCCCCUCCCUCCCAGCCCACACCAACCAUGGUCAUGGAUCUGGAGCAGGAACGCCUCACUAUCAAUGCCCUCAAAGAAUUGGGCAGCAGCCAAGAGGAGGAGGCUGACCUCCAGUCUAGUAUCAAGGCUUCUGAGAAAUCCCAGUCUUCCUUUAUAUCAACAACCUCUGACCCUCCUUCUCCCCAAAACAAACCUGCUUCCGACGGUGUAUAUUCCAAAGAGGUAGAGGCCAUCGACGUGUGGGUGGCUGAGGCCUACCACCUUGCAGAGCAUGUCUUGGCAGCAAUACUAACGCACUUGUCAGUCAAGGACUUGGUGCACUGGCGAGACCCCAAGAAGUCUGGCGUGGUGUUCGGCCUGUCCCUGCUGACGCUCCUGUCCCUGGCGGCGUUCAGCGUCAUCAGCGUUGUCUCCUACCUGCUCCUUGCCCUGCUCUGUGUCACCAUCUCCUUCCGCAUCUACAAGGCUGUCGUCCAGGCCGUGCAGAAGUCCGACGACGGACACCCCUUCAAAGCUCUGAUGGAGAAGGAUGUCAGCGUUCCCCCUGAGACCUUCCGCAAGCACGUGGACGCCAGUCUGACCCACAUCAACCGACUCCUAAAACAGCUGCGCAAACUCUUCCUAGUCGAGGACCUCAUCGACUCCCUGAAGCUGGCUGUUGUGAUGUGGCUGCUGACCUACGUAGGAGCCGUUUUCAACGGCAUCACCAUCCUCAUCCUGGCUGACAUCCUCCUCUUUGCCGUACCCCCCUUCUAUGAGAAGAACAAGACCCAGAUUGACCACUACAUGGAAAUCGCACGUACUCAAGUCAACACCACAAUGGCCAAGCUGCAAGAGAAACUCCCUGGAGCCAUCAAGCGUACAAAAGCUGAAUGAUUGACCCUCAUACAUCUUAAUCACCAUCCUCAUCACAUUUAUCCCAUCUUAAACCCCUUUCCCUCGCCCUCUCCCUUCUCUUUCCCUACUGUCUCCCUCCCACAUACCAUCUGCACUGAACCAGCUAGGUAGAAAAAAAAUGCUACUCAAUAGUCAAUGUAAACCGCUCAGCUUAACUACAAGAAUUUAGAACAAGAAUGGUGCCUACUGCGCCGGCAGGAAACGCGUCUAACGGGAGGAAGUGAUGUAAACGCUUCGGCAUAACACCUGUCUUUGAUGCAGGGGUCAAGUGAACAAGACUGAAUCAAUGACCUGGUAUUGUAUUGUAGUGUAAAGUUGGGAGGGUGUAGGGAGCAUCAUUGACGAGUUAGGACCAGUGUUUGUUUAGCAAAAAAGCAGAUGUCUGUACUUUUUAACUAUGCCUUUCACUGAACAUAAGUAAAAAAAAAAAUUAAAAAAGUUUUAAAAAAGAGCUAACUGAUAAAUAAAUAAACUUUGGGGUGUAA